CUUCUCCUUCUUCUUCACUGUUUAUCGUUUUUAUCUGCAACUUCUCGUUGCAUCACAAUACGAAUGAUUUUCUUGUAUAGAGAAGACGACAAAAGAAAAUGAAGUUCCUCUGGAUUCUUUCACUUGUUGUUUCUUCCAUCUUUCUCUGCAUGAGCUUUUGCUUCUCUCUAAACUCCGACGGCUUGUCACUUCUUGCUCUCAAAUCCGCCGUCGAUAACGAUCCGACCCGAGUGAUGAACCACUGGUCUGAAUCCGACCCGACUCCUUGCCAUUGGUCCGGAAUCGUCUGUACAAACGGCCGAGUCACCUCCCUUGUACUCUUCGGAAAAGGUCUCUCCGGUUACAUCCCGUCGGAACUCGGUUUACUCGACUCGCUUAUCCGGCUCGAUCUAUCUCACAACAAUUUCUCCAAACCGGUACCGGCUCGUCUCUUCGAAGCAACCAAGCUCCGGUUCAUCGAUCUCUCUCACAACUCACUCGUCGGCCCAAUCCCAGCCCAAAUCAAGUCCAUGAAAUCUCUCAACCACCUCGAUUUCUCCUCCAAUCGUCUCAACGGGUCACUCCCUGAUUCACUCCCUGAGCUCCGAAGCCUCGUCGGAACCUUAAACCUGUCUUAUAACCAAUUCACCGGCGAGAUUCCACCGUCGUACGGUCGGUUUCCUGUUUGUGUCAGCUUGAAUUUCGGUCACAACAAUCUGACCGGAAAAGUACCUCAGGUUGGUUCUCUAUUGAACCAAGGACCCAUCGCAUUCGCCGGAAACUCUCAUCUCUGUGGGUUUCCAUUGCAAACGCCGUGCGAAGAAAUCGGAACACCUAAUUUCGUCGAUUCGAAACCGGAAGGCACACAAGAACUCCAGAAACCAAACCCAAGUGUAAUCAGCAAGAACGAAGGCAAUGAGAAGCAGAUCACCGCCGGAUCAGUGACGGUUUCGCUGAUUUCAGGAGUUUCGGUUUUAAUCGGAGCGGUUUUUGUAUCGGUAUGGCUAAUCAGAAGAAAACGGAGCUACAAAACGGAGGCGAAGACGAAGACGAUGGCCUUAGAGUUCGACGAAGAAGGGCAGGAGGGUAAAUUUGUAGCCUUUGAUGAAGGAUUCGAGCUCGAGCUUGAGGAUUUGCUGAGGGCUUCCGCUUACGUAAUAGGCAAGAGCAGGAGCGGGAUUGUGUACAGAGUGGUGGCGGCGGAAUCCUCCUCCACCGCCGUUUUCGCCGUCAGAAGGCUCAGCGACGGUAACGCCACGUGGCGGUUUAAGGAUUUCGAGAACGAAGUGGAGACAAUCGGUAGGAUCAACCACCCAAACAUCGUACGGCUAAGAGCUUACUAUUACGCAGAGGACGAGAAGCUUCUCAUCACUUAUUUCAUUAGCAACGGCAGCUUGUACUCUGCUUUACAUGGUGGACCUUUAAAAACUCGGCAACCUCUCUCUUGGGCGGAGAGGCUACAUAUAGCACAAGGGACUGCUCGGGGUUUGAUGUAUAUACAUGAAUACAGUUCGAGAAAGUAUGUACACGGAAACCUAAAAUCAAGCAAAAUCUUGUUAGAUGAUGAGCUACAUCCUCACAUCUCAGGAUUUGGUCUCACACGUCUGGUUUUGGGUUAUCCCAAACUCACUGAUCACUCACUAUCCACCAAAAUGCAAGGCAUAGACCAAACAUUUGCGACAAGACUCUCAGAUCCCCUGGCUGCUUACCUUGCACCCGAAGCCCGAGAUUCUUCUGGCUGCAGAUCUUCUCAGAAAUGCGAUGUUUAUUCAUUUGGUGUGAUUCUGUUGGAAUUGUUGACUGGUCGGUUACCAAAUAGUUCCUCUGAAUUGCAAGGAGAAGAACUUGUUGAUAUUACGAGGAAGUGGCACAAAGAAGAGAGAUUGCUGACCGAUAUCUUAGACCCGGAGCUUCUGAAACAGGAUUUUGCAGAUAAGCAAGUUAUUGCAACCAUUCGUGUCGCUUUGAACUGCACGGAGAUGGAUCCAGACAUGCGUCCUAGGAUGAGAUCUGUGUCUGAGAGCUUAGGCCGAAUCAAAUCGCAAUGAUCAAUCUCUGAAAGAACACGGGAAGUGUUGCUUGCGUUUUGUAGUUUCUAUAGCGAGCUUAAACGUAGGUUUAUGGUUUAUUUCGAGAUCAAGUCUCUCUCUCAGUUCAAAAUCACAUGUUCCUUGUGUCUUAAGGAAGAGAAUUUGGUUGUGUCAUGGGUUUUCUGUCUCGCCUUCUAUUAUCUU